UGGUUCAAGAGAAUCAACCAACACAGACAAAGACUCUGAUGAUCCAGUUCAACAGCGAGUGAGUCAACAUCUGAAGACUGACCUGAAGAAGAGAUAUGCUAGGCUCCUUGAAGGCCCUGGGGAGACUGAAGUCCAGCUGGAUGAGGUCUACACAGAGCUCUUCGUCACAGAGGGAGUGAGUGAAGAGGUGAACACUCAACAUGAAGUUAAGCAAAUUCAGGAGAAGACCAAACAUCAGACAGAAGAAAACAUAAUAAAUUGCAAUGACAUCAUGAAAUCUCCACCUGGUAAAGAAGUCAGAACAGUGAUGACCAUUGGCAUUGCUGGCAUUGGGAAAUCUGUGUCUGUGCAGAAGUUCUGUCUAGACUGGGCAGAAGAAAAGUCCAACCAGGACAUAGACUUCAUUUUUCUACUUCCAUUCCGAGAACUGAACUUACUUGACUCAGAGCAUUACAGUCUCCCCACACUAUUGCUGUCUUUCUAUCCUGAGCUGACUGAGUUGAAUGAUGUGAAGAUGUAUGGCAACUCAAAGAUUCUGUUUAUCUUCGAUGGUCUGGAUGAAAACAGACUAGAGCUCAAUUUCCCGUGUACGCAAAAGCUGCAUGAUCUGACACAGACAUCAUCUGUGGGUACGCUGCUAACUGACCUCAUUCAAGGGCAUCUGCUCCAGUCGUCUCUCAUCUGGAUCACCUCAAGACCUGCAGCAGCCAAUCAGAUCCCUUCUCGUUAUGUGAACAAGUGGACAGAAAUACGUGGAUUUAGUGACACCCAAAAGGAUGCAUACUUAAAAAAGAGAAUUACGAAUAGUGAUAGUAACAAGAUAAUUUCACAAAUCAAGACAAGAAGGAGCCUCUACAUCAUGUGCCACAUACCAGUCUUCUGUUGGAUCCUUGUCUGUGUGCUUCAGGACAUGCUGACUCCGGAUUCUAAAAUUGAAAUUCCAGCAACCAUGACUGAACUCUUCAUCCACUUUUUAAUCAUACAGACCAACAGGAAGAACCAGAGGUGUUCUAGGCAAAGUGAACCAGACAGAAUUGAACUCAUGAGGAGACACAAAGACCACAUAUUGAAAUUGUCUGAACUGGCAUUUAAACAACUGGAAAAGGGAAACAUAUUGUUUAGGGAAACAGAUCUGAAAGAAAGUGGCAUUAAGGACAGUGAAAUGAAAGAAUACUCUGAGAUGUGCACAAAGAUCUUUAAGAAAGACCACACAUUCUAUAAAACAACGUUCUACUGCUUUGUUCAUCUGAGUGUUCAGGAGUUUCUGGCAGCUCUUCAUGUGUUCUAUAGUUUUGUGAGUGAGAACUAUGAGGCGUUGGAGCCCUUUGCACUGCAGAUAAGUGCAUCUGCUCCUGAUGAAGAUGAAGUACCCACUCCUCCACUGAAGAAGAAUCCCGGCAAAAUGCAAACAUUCUUGAAGAGGUUGUUCGUCAAGUCUUCAGCCUCUCACAAAAACGCUACGUGUCAAAAAGAAGAGAGCCCCCAGGAGAAGGAGAUAUCACUGCAUGCUCUGUUAAAUAGAGCCGUGGAUAAGUCCUUACAGGGCGAGAAUGGACAACUAGAUCUUUUCCUGCGCUUCCUUUUUGGAAUAUCACUUGAGUCCAAUCAGGAACUCCUCCAAGGCCUUCUUCCUCAUGUAGAGGACAAUUCAGAAAGUGUCAAGACAACCGCCAAAUAUGUCAAGGAGAUCUUAAGUAAGGGCAGCAAUGCUGUUGAGAGAUGCCAGAAUCUGUUACUCUGUUUGCUUGAAAUGAAGGACAGCUCACUUCAUGAGGAAAUACAGAGACUGGUGAAAUCUAGAGAAGAACUCACUCCUGCCCAGUGCUCAAUACAGGCGUACAUGCUUCUGAUGUCAGAGGACGUACUGGAUGAGUUUAAACUGAGGGCAUACAAGACGUCUCAGGAGGGUCGGAGAAGAUUGCUCACUGUGGUGAAGGUCUGCAGAAAGGCUCAGUAA